CCUUCGCUGCGAUACACCGGGCAACAGUUCAUAAUUUGUCCAGGUGGCAUCUGCUGCUUCGCUUUCACUUAACAGGGAAUUUGUGCUUAAUUCUAUUCGUAGUUUCGAGCUGCGCUGUAAUAUUUUUUCGUGUAUCGGUGGCUACAUUGUGCUGUCAUAUAAACCACUGAUCUCUCAAACAACAUCCCAUAUCACCAGGUACCUGCUCGCCACCGAUCGCUAGAAUGGUGUCCUGUCAAGGAAAGCCGGUGGCGAUUAUUUUCGGAGCCCUGAUGCUUCAUUUGGUGUCAGCUCAGAACGCGGGGUUUGUGAAGUCGCCCCUGUCGGAGACUAAGCUGACGGGGGACACGUUUGAGCUGUACUGUGACGUAGUGGGCAGCCCCACCCCGGAGAUCCAGUGGUGGUACGCCGAGGUGAACCGGGCAGACUCAUUCCGCCAGCUCUGGGAUGGUGCACGCAAGCGCCGUGUAUCCAUCAACACGGCGUACGCCACCAACGCCGUUAGCGUACUCGCCGUCACAUACGUCAGCCUUGACGACUCGGGGACGUACGAGUGUCGCGCCAGUAACGACCCGCGCCGCAACGACCUGCGACAGAACCCGUCCACCACCUGGAUCCGAGCCCAGGCCACCGUCACGGUUCUGCAGAGUGAGUCUGGGGGUGACGCUCCCCAUACUACCCAGCUGAGAGAGCAGCCAUUAGAGGUGUGCACUGAUAUGUGUACUGAUGUGUGUGUGUGUGUGUUGGUGUGUGUGUGUGUGUGUCCCUCAGCUGCUCCGGACAUCACCGGCCACAAGCGCAGUGAGAAUAAGAACGAGGGCCAGAAGGCUGUACUGUACUGCAAGUCGGUGGGCUACCCUCACCCCAUAUGGACCUGGCGCAAGCUGGACAACGACCUGCCAAUGGACAUUGAUAACUCCUCUGGCCGAUUCUUCAUCAGCAAUAAGGACAACUACACAGAGUUGAGCAUCCUGAAUCUGGACAUCAGCUUGGACCCUGGCGAGUACCAGUGUAACGCCACCAACUCCAUCGGCACCACCACCAUGACGUCAGUGCUACGCGUGCGCAGCUACCUGGCCCCCCUGUGGCCACUGCUGGGAGUGCUGGCCGAGAUCAUCGUGCUCGUGCUCAUCAUUGUCAUCUACGAGAAGCGUAAGAAGCCCGACGACGUGCAAGACGAUGAUGAACCAGCGGGGCCAAUGAAAACCAACUCCACUAAUAAUCACAAAGACAAGAACCUGCGCCAGAGAAACACCAACUAAGACGACCGCAGCCACCACCCAGACGAACACAUUCAUUUCAUGACCUUUGAACGUAACCCAUGACUGCGUUCUUAUUCAUUGUAAAGCAUAUCUGAGGUGGAGGUUAGGAUGGCAACCACUAAAAGGAAGACGACAGGCAUGCCUUAUGACCCCGGGAGAGAGGAGGCGGACAGGGAGGCGAGGGGUGGACACCACUGAUUUCCCCUUUUCCUUUGCUGCAUGAUUGUGUUGCUUUUUAUUUGAUAUGUUUUCUUAUAUACAAUUGUUUUCCAUUUCUCUAAAUAAGAGUAAUGCAUGCGAGAUAGUGACUUACUGUUUGUUACAGACAAGGUUUUCUUUUGGGUAGGGUAGUGUCUGUCAGGCUGGUUUCAUGUAGAUGAUGAUAUUUACUUUGUAUCUGACCCUUCAACUUUAAUGCAUUGUAAGGGAUAAUAUGACAUGACCAUGUUUUGGUAUGACAGUUUUUGUACAGUUUACCAUUGCACUGCAUACCAUUUCUAUAAGGAGACAUUCAACUUUUUCUCAGUUAAUUUAAGUUAGGGGCUUAAUUUAAAAAGGGCUUUGCAAUGUCCCUCACUAGUUGUUUUAUACUUAUGACUGUACCGUAUGUAUGUAUUUAUGUACUCGAUCACUGAAGGUAAACAAUAGUAUUUGAAUGUUCCUGAUUUGGUGCACUUAAGUGUUAAGAAAAAUGGUGAAGCACCUGCAGAACUUAAUUUUAUAAUUCCAUGACUUCUGUCCUAAAUGUGACUGAUUGCUUUUUAUCAAUGUGUAUUGUACAGCAUGGCUUUUAUUCUAUGCAAUAUUUAUUCAUAUAAUAUAUACAUAUAUAUAUUGAUAUAUCCAGAUAGAUAGAUAGAUAUGUUUAUCAGACAUUAAGGCGUGAUUUAUUUUUGGCCGCAGUGAAGCUUUAAGACCAUGUAGACGCGUUUCUUGGCGCCCCAGACUCAUAGAUUACUGAUCACCUUUCACCAAUGCAUGACAUCCAUGUGAAGUACUGCUAGUGUACGAGCACCUGGAGUGCAGUAAUGAAGCUCGGGCUCUUGCGUGUUGUGAGACGACUCCAAGUCAUUUUUACUAAUAAAGACUCCUCGUAUGA